AUGUUGCCUGGAGAAAUAAAACAAAAUAAUAUAAAUACAGAAACAAUCGCUACAGAAAGUAUUAAUUGUAUUUCCACAAGAACCAAUAGUAUAAGUAUCAAUACAACAGAUUCCUUUGAUGAGUACGAGACUCCUAUUGAAUAUAACGUCCAGCGUAAAUUGGUUAAUAGAUAUGUUCAACUUAUUAGUAUCUCAGGUAUUAUAGGGACUGCAUUGUUUGUAAGUAUAGGCAAAGCGUUGUAUCAUGGUGGUAGCGGAUCUUUAUUAUUGGGAUUUGCAAUAUGGUGUCUGCCUAUUUUGGCAAUAACGGUAUCAACAGCUGAAAUGGUUUGUUACUUACCAAUAAAUUCACCCUUUUUAAGAAUGGCCCAAAGAUGCUGUGAUAAAUCAUUAGGACGAAUGGCUGCUUGGAAUUUUUGGUUUUUACAAUGUGUACAAAUUCCAUUUGAAAUUGUGGCUGUUAAUACAAUCAUACACUAUUGGAGAACCGAUUAUAGUCCCGCUAUUCCACUAUGUGUUCAGGUAGCCUUGUAUUUACUAAUAAGUAUAUUCGCGGUUAGAUACUACGGUGAGAUUGAAUUUUGGCUAGCUCUUUGGAAAAUAAUAUUAGCUGUUGGAUUAUUUUUUUUCACUUUAAUAACAAUGUGUGGUGGCAACCCAUUAAGAGAUGCCUAUGGUUUUCGUAAUUUUAAAAAAAACUCUUUUAAAAAGUAUUAUCCAACUGGGAUAGCACCAACUGAUCCUAAUCACGGUGAAGGUGUUUAUAUAUUCCAGGGGUUACUAGCAUGUAUUAUUCAAGGUAGUUUUACCAUUGCUGGUCCAGAAUACGUCUCAAUGAUUGCUGGAGAAACCAAAACCCCUCGCAAAAUAUUACCUAUUGCAUUCAAACAAGUUUUCAUUAGAUUAACUGUGUUAUUUUUAGGUGGGUGUUUAUGUAUUGGAAUUGUUUGUAAUAGUACAGAUCCAUCGUUGACAGCAGCUAUAAAUGAGUCUAGGCCAGGUGCAGGUAGUUCUCCCUAUGUCAUUGCGAUGAAUAAUUUGAAAAUUAAAGUCUUGCCAGAUAUAGUUAAUGCAGCGUUAAUUACAGCUGCGUUUAGUGCAGGUAAUGCAUACACUUACUGUUCAAGUAGAUCAUUAUAUGGUAUGGCAUUAGACGGAUACGUUCCCAAAAUUUUCACCAAAUGUAAUAGGUACGGUGUCCCGAUAUACUGCGUAUUAGUUUCGUUAUGUUGGGGUGCGCUAAGUUUUUUACAAUUGGGUGAAAAUAGUGCUAUUGUAUUAAAUUGGAUUAUUAAUUUUAUAACAGCCUCUCAAUUAAUUAAUUUUUUCAUUUUAUGCAUCAUAUAUUUGAAAUUUAGAGCAAGCUACAAUUAUCAGAAGUUUAAAAUGGGGGUUAAAUUACCAGAUUUACCAUUUAAAUAUUGGGGCCAGCCAUACACUGCCUUAUUCGGUUGCGUAUGUACUUUUGUUAUGAUUUUUUUACAAGGUUAUUCUGUUUUCUUCAAAGAAAAUUGGAAUAUCAGGGAUUUUUUGUUUUGUUACAUAAUGGUUUUCAUUGAUAUUGGCAUUUAUUUAUUUUAUAAAUUAUUUUACUUCAAAAUGGGGAGAAAUGAUAAAUUCGUUCCAUUAGAUAAGGUUGAUUUAAUCACCGGAUUAAAAGAAAUCGAACUGCACGAACUGGAUCACGGUUUUGAUAGAUUUAGAUUUUUUUACAAUGGCGAGAUUACUAACGGCAGCAAUAGUAUAAUAAUGGAGCAAGAUCCGUCUAUUAUUGCUGACAAUAAGAAAAAGGUAUUAGAACGUUUUAAUAUAGAAGAAGUAGAAAGAUUGGACAGUUGUGAUAAUAAUAGCAUCAGUAAUAGAACGUGA